AUGUCUAAUUUUACAAAUGCCAAACCGCAAAGGAAAUACAGAGAAAGAGCAUAACCUACAUCUAGAGAAUUCCUUGGUAUUUUAGAAAAGCAUGGUGACUAUAAAAAGAGAGCUAUCAAUUAUUAGAGAAAGAAGGAACAAUUACAAAAAUUGCAAUUGAAGGCUGCUUUAAGAAAUAAAGAUGAAUUUAAUUUUAGAAUGCUCAAGAGCAAAGUUAAGGAUGGUGUGGUAUAUGAAGAUUAGAAUGAAAGCAGCGGAGAUGAAUAAGAAAUCCUUAAAUAAAUUAAAACUCAAAAUUAAAAUUUACUUAAAGCAUCUAUUUAACAAAAAGAAAAAUUAACUGAGAAACUCAAAGAAGACUUGGCUAUGGUAUAAUUUGAGUAACCUACUCACAAAUUCUUUUUGAAGGAAGCAAGGAAAAAGAGUUUCGAUUAAGUUGAAGAUAAACUGCAAGGGGAAGCAUAAUAAUCUGCUCCCAACUCUUAAUUAGCUCAAAAGAUUAAUAAGCUAACUGAGGCUUUAUAUGAGAAAGAGAGAAUGAAACGCUUUUACGUGGCAAUAACAAAAUCAAAAACUAAAGAUAACGUAACAGCCAAGCCUCAUUAGAGAAAAAGAAUCAAGAAAGGAAAAGGAAAAGGAUUAUUUGAGAGAAGUAGAUGA